AGCCGAGACACGGUACCAGACAGCCUAGGACCAAACAGAAGCGAAGGAUUGGACUUUGCUGCGGGCAGGAGUGCAUCGCCAAAAGAGGGCCUUCCAACCCCUGGGAAACUGCUCCGUUCCUUGUCGGGCACCUUGUCGAACCAGGAAGAGCCCGUCGCAAACGACAAAGACCCCUUGUCACAAGGUGCCUCAUUCCUCGGACGACUGCUAGGAAACAAGAAGAAAGAGUCCGACGACAAUGUCAUUGACGACGCUGCAUCCGACUUCAGCAACCUGCGACCCGAAGGCAUGGAGGCAAACGUCUUCUCCCAGCCCGUCGACAAUAUCGAGUUCAAUCCCCGCCAUCCACCACCUCCCGAGUACAUUAGGGUUAGGGCGCGCGACAAGAAGGACAAGGACUUUGACCAUCUGUUCCUAGCCCAAGAGCUUUUGGCUUCAGAAGUCCAUCAUGACGAAACACCAAUAUGGGCCAUGCAAUUCAGCAGGGACGGCCGAUAUCUGGCUGCCGCAGGACAAGACAAGAUUAUACGCGUCUGGGAGGUCAUCAAAACUCCCGAGGAUCGCAAGUCGCAUGCCGAGGAAUCCGAAAUCAACCAUCGUCCGCGUCUGAGCGCUCCGGUCUUUCGUCAAGAGCCAAUUCGAGAGUACGAGGGCCACACAUCGACAAUCCUGGACUUGAGUUGGAGCAAGAACAACUUUCUUCUUUCCUCGUCUAUGGACAAGAACGUACGAUUGUGGCACGUCAGCAGGGAUGAGUGCCUUUGUACUUUCAAGCAUAGUGAUUUUGUAACAUCAAUCGCUUUCCACCCCAAGGACGAUCGCUUCUUUUUGGCCGGUUCGCUCGAUUCGAAGUUGAGAUUAUGGAGUAUCCCUGACAAAACAGUCGCUUAUUGGAGUCAGCUACCAGACAUGAUUACUGCAGUCGCUUUCACACCAGACGGGAAAUACGCAAUGGCUGGGUGCUUUACUGGUCUUUGCAUGUUCUACGAAACCGAAGGCCUGAAAUACCAGACCCAGAUUCAUGCUCGCUCGAGGAACGGUAAGAAUGCCAAGGGCAGCAAAAUUACAGGAAUCCAGUCAUUUCAUGCUGCUGGUGAAACAAAGGUUCUCAUCAGCAGUAAUGAUUCCCGGAUACGACUUUACAACUUUCGUGACAAGAGCAUGGAGAUCAAAUUCAAGGGCAACAUCAACGACAGCAGCCAGAUUCGAGCGGCAGUCAGCGAUGAUGCCAAGUAUAUCUUNUGUGGCAGCGAAGAUCACAAAGUCUAUAUUUGGCCAACGGAUCCUGGUCAGAGUGAAAAGAAGCAAAAGCGACCCAUGGAGACAUUUGAUGCCAGUAAUACAGUUGUAACCUGUGUCGCAUUUGCGCCUCCCAAGAGCAAACAAUUACUUGGCAGAUCAGAAGAUCCUAUCUACGAUUUGUGCAAUCCUCCUCCGGUCAUGUUGAUGAGCUCGGCUGAGCGAACUGGUUCACGCCCUCCGUCACGAGCACCGACAGAAGAUGGUCUCGAAGCGGAACCACAAUCACAAAAGCGCCCUGAGGAGUCGCCUGCAUAUCUCGCCCGUUCGACGCAUGCUUCCGGAAACAUCAUCGUAACUGCAGACUUGGCCGGUAGGAUCAAAGUCUUUAGACAAGAUUGUGCUUGGAACAAGCGCAAGACGGAUAACUGGGAAACGUCUUCCGUAUUCUCAAAACGAAAACUCGGUCGCACUGCAUCAAUAGCGACCAAAGGCAGCAGUCGUAGCUUGCGCAGCUCGCACGGUCGACCCGAAGGUCCGGCAGAUAGAAUUUUGUCGUGGCGCCAGGGCAUCUCGAGUUCAUCGAAUGUCACGAACGGUUCUAUUCGCAGCCAGUCACCACGCAAAUCGACUGCCAGCGCUCAGCCCCGUCCAGAGUCCAAGGCCUCAAUGGCACCUCCUCCAGUGCCUAAGAGUGAAGACCGUGGAGGUGGCGAAGAAGAGAGCGAUCCACUAUUUCUGCAAGGCGAUCAAUCGAUGCUAUACUGGAAGCUCGCAAUCAAUUCUGCACGAAACCAUCAGCAGCAUGCACCACCAUCGCCAUCACCUCAAUCACAACAAGCACCACACCCUGGCAGACCCUCUUCGAGUCGAACAGGAAGCUAUAAUCUCGGUCUACCACACCCGCUCCAACGCAACCAUACUGCGGUUAGUAAGCUCAGUAUCGAGCAGGAGAGCGCUGCUGCGGAUAGUGACUCGGACGCUGCGAGUUUCAAGGAUGCACUGCAAGGUCAUGAGGAGGAGGUGCAUUGCAAAGAGUGUGGGAGUGCCAACUUCCAUGUCAAAGCCGUGAAAGGUGGUGGUACAAGACUGUGCUGUUCAUCCUGUGGUGCGGCUGCUUGA